AUGCUGAAAACUACCAUUUUUAUUAUUUCAACUUUUCUAAUAAGUUUUUCGAGAGAAGAUAAAACUGAUUCGAUUGAUGUAAGGAAUACUGUAGAUUUUUAUUUUCAGUUUUUAAAUUUUUUUCAGAGAAUUCUUGAAAACGCUGAAACCAAAACAAUAUCACAAAUAAAUGAAGAAAUCGAUAAACUUGUUGAAAAACUGGAUAAAAAUGUUCAAAAAGAACAUCGUGAAUGGAAAAUGCGAGUUGAAAAAGAAGAGCGUCAGCGGAAAAUGAGAAUUUUUGUAAGUCAAAUUUCAAUCAAUUUUUAUUUGAAGAAAAUUGUUUUCAGAAAGCUCUUCCGAAGCUUUCCACAAAAACACAACAAAAAUUGAUUCGAAUUGUUAUGACACAACAAAAUACACAAUUAACAGUUGGUGAGAAAAAUCGAAUUUUAACACAUAUUGCAAAUUCGAUGGAUGAGAAUACUAAAAGAGAACUUUUGAGAAAUUUGAACGAUCGAGAUUUAUAUUCUCUUAUUUUUUAA